AUGGUGGCUUCAAGCAACGACGCUGCAUUGGCGAGGAAGCAGUGUCAGCGGGGAAUGAAGGAGUCAACAGCAGAGAAUGUGGCCCAUCGUGAAGGCGAGCAGUCAAAUAAUACUUCUGUUUCUUCUUCAGUGGCAAUGCCAUGCAAAUCCCAAGCGUACAGAUCAAAUCUUCUGCAUUCCCAUGGCUCAUCUUCGCGCAAGCAUUCCACGAGAAUCUCCACCGCCGCCGGCGACGAGGAACUACCCAUUCUCAUCGAUCCCCACCCCCUCGGCAUGGCGGCCCCCGGCGAUCAGGACGAUCGCCGGGACCGAGAGGUCAUCGUCAUGGUUGACCAAGGCGAGAAUAUACCGGCCUCCUGGAACAGACAGCACCAUCGCCGUCCGCUUUCCGCUUCCAGGGACGUGAAGGUCUCCUUCGUGUCCCGCUCUGCCGAUAAUGCCUUUGAUAUCGAGCCCGAAACAUCCAUGGCCGACGGGGAGGAAAACGACGAGGGUGGCUUCCAACAUUUCCAGAACCGUUCCCGGCGGCCGAGCGCCUCUCCGGAAGACGGUGGAGGAGAGGUUUUGAGGUGCACGUCGUUCGACAGCCGGCGGAAGAGCAUGCUGAGGACGAAGACGAAGUCCCGGUUGAUCGACCCGCCGGAGCCUGAGCCCGACAGUCUCUCCAACCGGACCGGAAAGUCGGGCCAGCUGAGAUCCGGCAUGUUAGGUAGACCAUCGGACGAAGAAGAAGACGACCCAUUGUUCGACGAAGACAUUCCCGAGGAUUUCAAGAAAUCCAAGCUCGGCGCACUCGUCAUCCUCGAAUGGCUCAGCCUCAUACUGAUCGUCGCCGCUUUGAUAUGCACGCUCGCUGUCCCGCAGUGGCGAAAAUGGCAAAUCCGAGGACUCUACUGGUGGAAAUGGGAGCUUCUGAUUCUUGGUCUUAUUUGUGGAAGACUGGUCUCCGAUUGGGUGAUCAGAAUUAUGGUUUUCUUCGUGGAGAGAAAUUUUCUGCUGAGAAAAAGGCUUCUUUAUUUCGUCUACGGAUUGAGAAAAGCUGUGCAGAAUUGCAUUUGGCUGGGCCUGGUCUUGCUCGCCUGGCAUUUAUUGUUCGACGAGAGAUUCGAGGAAGAAACAAACAACCAGUUCGUCAGAUUCGUGAACAAGGUUCUGCUUUGUUUCUUGAUCGUUACGUUGCUGUGGCUUGUGAAGACGCUCAUGGUUAAGGUCCUGGCCUCGUCCUUCCAUGUCAGCACCUUCUUCGAUCGAAUCCAGGAAUCGUUGUUCAACCAGUAUGUCAUCGAAACGCUCUCAGGCCCUCCGUUGGUCGGAAUCCCGCACCGCCGCGAGGACGAGGAGCGGUGGGUGUCCGAGCUCCAGAAGUUGCAGAACACCGGCGGCGCGACUCUGCCGCCAGAAAUCCUCUCGCCACAGGCAGCAUUGCCUUCGUUCAAGAAUCGGGGGGUUAUCAGGAGCGGAAACGGUCAAGAAUUGGAGAAUCCGUUGAGCCAGAAGUCGAGAGAAUCGCUCAAGAAGCAGGAUUCCGGGAUAAGCAUCGAUCAUUUGCACAGGCUGAAUACGAAGAACAUCUCGGCCUGGAACAUGAAGAGGUUGAUUAGAAUCGUCAGGCAUGGCGCCCUCUCUACCCUGGAAGAGCAGAUUAUGGAAUCCAACGACGGCGACGAGUCGACCCGGCAUAUAAGAAGCGAACUGGAGGCUAAAGCUGCCGCAAGGAAGAUCUUCCAGAAUGUGGCUGGAAGGGGCAGCAAGUUCAUCUACCUGCAGGAUAUAAUGCGAUUCAUGCGAGAAGACGAGGCUUUGAAGACCAUAACCGUUGUUGUGGGAUCAGCGGAGGGCGAAAGAAUCAGCAAGGCUGCACUGAAGAACUGGGUGGUUAACGCUUUCAGGGAGCGGAGAGCUCUAGCCUUGACGCUCAACGACACGAAAACAGCCGUGAACAAACUGCACCACAUGGUGAAUGUAAUUGUCGGCAUCGUCAUAGCCGUGGUUUGUGUCCUCAUACUUGAAGUGGCCACCAGUAAGUUUCUUCUCUUCCUGAGCUCCCAGAUUGUUGUUGUGGCAUUCAUAUUUGGAAACACCUUGAAGACGAUAUUUGAAGCCAUCAUCUUCUUGUUCGUGAUGCACCCAUUCGAUGUGGGCGAUCGCUGCGAGAUCAAUGGAGUUCAGAUGACAGUGGAAGAGAUGAACAUCUUAACCACCGUGUUUCUGAGAUAUGACAACCAGAAGAUCAUUUAUCCAAACAGUACUCUCUCCACAUUGCCCAUCAGCAACUAUUAUCGCAGUCCAGACAUGGGCGAUUCCGUCGAUUUCUCUGUCCACAUUGCAACUCCAGCCGAAAAGAUUGCCAUUAUCAGGCAAAGAAUCACAAGUUACAUUGAGAGCAAGAAGGACCACUGGUACCCCUCUCCCACAAUCAUACUGAUGGAUAUACACGGACUAAACACAGUAAAGGUAUCGAUAUGGCUGAGACACCGAAUGAACCACCAAGACGUAGUGGAGAGGUUUCAGAGGCGAGAGCUCGUGAUAGAAGAGAUGGUUAAGAUUUUCAAAGAGCUCGACAUCGAGUACAGGCUGCUCCCUCUGGACAUCAACGUUCGCAGCAUGCCAACCGCUAUGGAAUCCACUCGGAUGCCUUCUAGCUGGACAGCCUCUUACCAGUGA